GCCGGGGAAGCCGCAAGGCAUCUCUCGCGAGAACAAGGCCCCUAUUUGAGCGCAUGCGCGAACUGAGUUAGUCUUUUCCGGUUUUUGCGGCGCGAGGAACCAUGAGCAGCAAAGUCUCCCGCGACACCCUGUACGAGGCGGUGCGGGAGGUCCUGCACGGGAACCAGCGCAAGCGCCGGAAGUUUCUGGAGACGGUGGAGCUGCAGGUCAGCCUGAAGAACUAUGACCCUCAGAAGGACAAACGCUUCUCGGGCACCGUCAGGCUUAAGUCCACGCCCCGCCCCAAGUUCUCCGUGUGCGUGCUGGGGGACCAGCAGCACUGCGACGAGGCCAAGGCCAUGGACAUCCCGCACAUGGACAUGGAGGCGCUGAAGAAGCUCAACAAGAAUAAGAAGCUGGUCAAGAAGCUGGGCAGGAAGUACGAUGCCUUUUUGGCUUCAGAGUCUCUGAUCAAGCAGAUCCCACGAAUCCUGGGCCCCGGCCUGAAUAAGGCUGGCAAGUUUCCUUCCUUGUUGACCCACAAUGAGAACAUGGUGGCCAGAGUGGAUGAGGUGAAGUCCACAAUCAAGUUCCAGAUGAAGAAGGUGCUGUGUCUGGCGGUGGCUGUUGGCCACGUGAAGAUGACAGAUGAUGAGCUUGUGUACAACAUCCACUUAGCUGUCAAUUUCCUGGUGUCAUUGCUCAAAAAGAACUGGCAGAACGUUCGGGCUUUGUACAUCAAGAGCACCAUGGGCAAGCCCCAGCGCCUGUACUAAGGCCCAACUAAUAAACCACACUGCCACUGCGA